AUGGAGGUUCAUUCCAACCCCGCCUCCGAUAACUCCUCCGACCACCAUCGACCGCCCGCCGUUCCGUCGAAGCAGCCGCUGCCGUCUCCUCACCCCGUCGAUUCCUCGGCCGUUUCUCAGAGACUCCAGAAGGAAUUAAUGGCUCUCAUGAUGAGUGGAGGAGAUCUUGGAGUCUCGGCUUUUCCUGAUGGUGAGAGUAUUUUUACAUGGAUUGGCACAAUUGAAGGUGGAAAAGGAACUCUGUACGAGGGUUUAUCUUAUAAACUGUCCUUACGUUUUCCCCUGGACUACCCUUUUAAGCCCCCACAAGUGAAGUUUGAGACAAUGUGCUUUCAUCCAAAUGUUGACCAGUUUGGCAACAUUUGUCUGGACAUCCUUCAGGACAAGUGGUCUUCAGCUUAUGAUUGCAGAACUAUUCUUCUGUCUAUUCAAAGUUUAUUGGAAGAGCCUAACUUGGAGAGUCCUCUAAACAGUUAUGCUGCAACACUUUGGAAUGAUAAGGAAGAUUACAGGAGAAUGGUUCACAAACAGUUUUUUGCUGGAGAAGCUCUUGAAAGCUGA